AUGGUCCAUCCUUUCUUAUCUCUUCCAUUCACUCUCUUCUUAAGCAACGGCACAGACAUUCAUGCCUUGCCUUCAGCUUCGUCGGAUUUCCUCUCUUUCUGUUAUACUCAUACUUUGGCAAACAUGUUUUCUCUCAUUCUGGUCCAAACGUUCUAUCUCUUCCUCUCGCUGAGUCCAACGAUUCUCUCAGCUCCCGCGGCUGGGCCAACGGAAGCGGUACUGGCUUUCAAUACACUACAGACAUGGUACAAUUCUACCUCUGGACUUUGGUCCACGACGGGAUGGUGGAAUAGUGCCAAUUGUCUCACAACGAUUGCGGAUCUCGCAGCAGUGGAUUCAAGUAUCCUCGGAGCCGCCAAAGAUAUCUUUUCCAAUACCUUCGUUCAAGCUCAGAAGACCAAUCUUCAGAUGUUGAAAGUUAUUACACCGACAUACAAUAUCGAAUCCACCUAUGGAGACGAUUUCCCCUCAUUGAAGAAUUUUUCGACCGUGGAAGCAGCAGCUGCUCCUCGGCCUACGAAUCCCAAGGGAUUUGUGAAUAGCUUCUACGAUGACGAGGGUUGGUGGGCAUUGGGUUGGAUCCAAGCCUAUGAUGUAACCAAGGACCCAGUUUAUCUAUCUGCAGCAGUGGACAUCUUCAACGACAUGGCACAUGGAAACACCACUCCAUGCGGUUCCACAUCCAUCUGGUGGGACAGAAACCAUACCUACGUGAAUGCCAUCGCCAACGAACUUCACCUCUCCGUCGCCUCGCAUCUAGCCAACCGGAUUCCGAAUAACAAAACAUAUAUCGACACCGCGAACCUACAAUGGGAUUGGUUCCAACGCAGCGGGAUGAUCAACAAGAAUAACACAAUAAACGACGGUCUCGACAAACAAUGCAAGAACAACAACGGAACCGUCUGGUCCUACAACCAAGGCGUCAUCCUCGGCGCCCUCGUCGAACUCUCCAACGCCACGAACGAUAAAUCCCUCCUCCAGGUCGCAUCCACCAUCGCCACGUCCGCCAUCAAAGCACUAAGCGACAAGAACGACGUCCUCCACGACCCCUGCGAACCCUCCUGCGGGGCAGACGGCUCCCAAUUCAAGGGCAUCUUCAUGCGGAACCUGCAAGUCCUCCAAAAAGCCGCGCCGAACGAUGCCUACAAACGGUUCAUCGGCGCCAACGCGGCGAGUAUCUGGUCGUAUGAUCGUGAUACCCGGCCGGGACCGAAGACGAACGGUCUGGGAUUGAUCUGGAGUGGUCCCGUGGGCAGGGGGGGAAGUAUGAAUGCGAGUACGCAGAGUAGUGCGUUGGAUGCGCUGGUUGCUGCGCAGGCGGUGGGGGUGUUGCCUAGUGAGGGGAGUACGGCGCUUGCUAAUUGA